GGAGGGGAUAGCGAGGGAGGGAGAGUGAAGUUCAGGCAGGAGCAGAGUGGAGCAGUUGUGCUGGGAGAAGUUCCAGGUGAUUGAGGGUGUUCUAGCUGGUUUAGUGCUUGUGCCUGCUAGCAGUGGAGAGAUGGAGACUGAGGCUCCCAUAACCUCUUACAUCAUGGAUGAGGAGACACUGAAGAGGAAGCAGAGAGAAAAGCUUAAGAAACUUCAGGCCACUGGUGGGAACCCUCGACCUGCUCGCUCACUCCUCUUCCUCACGCUGAAGAACCCUUUCCGUAAAGCGUGCAUCAGUAUCGUGGAGUGGAAGCCAUUUGAGAUCAUCAUACUGCUCACCAUCUUCGCUAACUGUGUGGCUCUUGCUGUGUUCAUGCCCAUGCCAGAAGAGGACACCAACAACACCAACAGCAACCUGGAAAGUCUGGAGUACAUCUUCCUGAUCAUAUUCACACUGGAGUGCUUCCUAAAAAUUGUGGCCUAUGGAUUCCUCUUCCACGCAGAUGCGUACUUACGAAACUGCUGGAACAUUCUAGACUUUGUCAUUGUGACUAUGGGGUUGUUCACUAUCGCUGUGGAUUUCAUCAAUAACAUCAGUGGAGUGAAGGCGCCAGUGGAGCAGAAGGGUGGAGGAUUUGAUAUGAAGGCUCUGCGAGCUUUUAGGGUGCUGCGGCCACUACGCCUCGUCUCAGGGGUCCCUAGCCUGCAGGUGGUGAUGAGCUCCAUUCUGAAGUCCAUGUUACCACUGUUCCACAUCUCUCUGCUGGUCUUCUUCAUGGUCACCAUCUAUGCCAUCAUUGGCCUUGAGCUCUUCAAGUGUAAGAUGCACAAAACCUGUUACUACACUGGCACAGAUAUCAUAGCCACUGUGGAGAAUGAGAAGCCAUCUCCAUGUGCGGAAGCAGGCAAUGGCCGGCGCUGCACUAUGAAUGGAACAGUGUGUAAGCCUGGCUGGCCAGGGCCCAACAGUGGGAUCACCCACUUUGAUAACCUGGGCUUCUCCAUGCUCACUGUCUACCAAUGCAUCACCAUGCAGGGCUGGACCGACGUGCUCUACUGGGUUAAUGAUGCUAUCGGGAUGGAGUGGCCAUGGCUCUAUUUUGUCACUCUGAUUCUGCUGGGCUCUUUCUUCAUCUUAAACAUGGUGCUGGGUGUCCUCUGUGGUGAGUUUACUAAAGAGCGAGAGAAAAGCUCACGGAGUGGAGAGUAUCAGAAACUCCGUGAGCGGCAGCAGUUGGAUGAGGAUCUGAAGGGUUAUAUGGAGUGGAUUACACAGGCCGAGGUCAUGGACAACGACCAGGAGGGUCAAGGCCUCCUGCCUCUACAGGAACGAGGAUCAGAGACAGAGAGUCUGUAUGAGCUGGAUAGUCUGAACCUGAUGUAUUACAUCCGACUUGCUCGUCGUUGGAACCGGUUCUACAGAAGAAAAUGUCGUGUGUGGGUAAAGUCAAAGCUCUUCUACUGGCUUGUGUUUCUGCUGGUGUUCUUCAACACACUGGUCAUUGCCACAGAACACCACCGGCAGUCUGAGUCUCUCACUAAAUUUCAAGAGAACUCAAAUACAGCUCUGCUUUGCCUAUUUGCCAUGGAGAUGGUGCUUAAGAUGUAUGCUCUGGGCCUGCCUUCUUACUUCAUGUCCCUGUUUAACCGCUUCGAUUGGUUCGUGGUGUCUGUGGGCAUCCUAGAGCUCCUCCUGGUGCACAUGGGCGUUAUGUCUGCCAUGGGCAUCUCUGUCAUGCGCUGCAUUCGCCUGUUACGCCUCAUCAAAGUCACCAAGUACUGGACGUCUCUCAGCAACCUGGUGGCAUCUCUCCUGAACUCUGUGCGCUCCAUCGCAUCCCUCCUCCUCCUCCUCUUCCUCUUCAUCGUCAUCUUCGCUCUGCUGGGUAUGCAGGUGUUUGGGGGCAAGUUCAACUUCUCCGACCAGAGCAUGCGCAGGAGCAACUUUGACACGUUCCCACAGGCCCUUAUCACUGUCUUCCAGAUUCUAACAGGAGAGGACUGGAACAUUGUGAUGUAUGAUGGCAUCAUGGCCCAUGGAGGUCCUGUUAUUCCCGGCAUCCUCGUCAGCAUUUACUUUAUCAUCCUCUUUGUCUGUGGGAACUACAUCUUGCUGAACGUGUUCUUGGCUGUUGCUGUGGAUAACUUGGCUGAAGCGGAGAGUCUCACCUCUGCUCAGAAAGAGAAGGCAGAGGAAAAAAAGCGCAAAAAGCUGCUAAGGGCGAGCGCUGGAGAUAAGGGCGAUGAGGAGAAGAGUGUACUGGCUAAGAAACUGGCAGAGCAAAGAGCGAAGGCCGAGGGAAUUCCAACCACAGCCAAGCUGAAAGUGGAUGAGUUUGAGUCCAACGUGAAUGAGAUCAAGGAUCCUUUUCCACCCGCUGAUUUUCCAGGUGACGAUGAAGAGGAGGAGCCAGACAUCCCAAGCAGCCCAAGGCCUCGGCCAAUGGCAGACCUGCAGCUGAAGGAAACAGUGGUGCCUAUGCCUGAGGCCAGCUCGUUCUUCAUCUUUGGCCCUCAAAACAAGUUCCGUAAAUUGUGCCACCGUAUCAUCAACGCCACAACCUUCACCAACAUCAUCCUCCUCUUCAUCUUGCUCAGCAGUAUCUCUUUAGCUGCUGAGGACCCAAUCGACCCUGUUUCCUUUAGAAACCAGGCUCUGGCUUAUGCUGACUAUGUUUUCACAUCGGUCUUCACGGCAGAAAUUGUACUGAAGAUGACCACAUAUGGCGCCUUCUUACACAAAGGCUCCUUCUGCCGAAACUCCUUUAAUAUCUUGGACCUCAUUGUGGUCGGCGUCUCUCUGUUGUCAAUGGGAAUGGAGUCUAGUGCCAUCUCUGUCGUAAAGAUUCUCAGAGUGCUGAGAGUUCUGCGGCCUUUACGAGCUAUAAACAGAGCAAAAGGGCUAAAACAUGUGGUCCAGUGUGUGUUUGUGGCCAUUAAGACUAUUGGAAAUAUUGUGCUGGUUACCAUGCUCCUGGACUUCAUGUUUGCCUGCAUUGGAGUCCAGCUCUUCAAGGGUAAAUUUUAUGCAUGCACAGAUCCACUCAAAAUGACUGAAGUAGAAUGCAAGGGCAAUUUCAUCAAAUACCAGGAGAACAAUCUGCACGACAUGGUGAUUCAUCACCGGGAGUGGAUCAAUAGCGACCUCAACUUUGACAAUGUGCUGAACGGCAUGCUGACGCUCUUCACUGUGUCCACGUUCGAGGGCUGGCCCAAGCUGCUGUAUAAAGCAAUUGACUCCAGCAUGGAAGAUGUUGGCCCUGUAUACAAUAACCGCACAGAGAUCUCCAUCUUCUUCAUCCUCUACCUCAUCCUCAUUGCCUUCUUCAUGAUGAACAUCUUCGUUGGCUUCGUCAUUGUCACCUUCCAGGAGCAGGGAGAACAGGAGUACAAGAACUGUGAACUAGACAAGAACCAGCGCCAGUGUGUGCAGUAUGCUCUGAAAGCUCGCCCACUUCGGUGCUACAUUCCCAAAAACCCUUACCAGUACCAGGUGUGGUACAUUGUCACGUCCUGCUACUUCGAGUACCUCAUGUUCCUCCUCAUCAUGCUCAACACCAUGUGCCUAGGCAUGCAGCACUGUAACCAAUCAGAGCACAUUACCCACCUGUCAGACAUGCUGAAUGUGAUUUUCACCGUGCUCUUUACUAUAGAGUUGAUUCUUAAGCUUGGAGCCUUUAAGGCAAAGGGCUAUUUUGGGGAUCCCUGGAAUGUCUUUGACUUUGUCAUUGUCGUGGGCAGCAUUGUUGAUGUCAUUCUGAGUGAGAUUGAUGCUGCUAUGGCUGCCCAGGGAGGACUUUACUGUCUAACUGGUUGUGCGGAGGUAAACCCAAUGCAAGCCAUAGCUGACACGGAGAAUAUGAGUGUGUCUAUCACACUGUUCCGGCUCUUCCGGGUGAUGCGUCUGGUGAAGCUCCUCAAUCGUUUUGAGGGGAUUCGGAACCUGUUGUGGACUUUUAUCAAGUCCUUUCAGGCUCUGCCAUAUGUGGCUUUGCUUAUUGUCAUGCUUUUCUUCAUCUAUGCUGUUAUAGGCAUGCAGGUAUUUGGGAAAAUUGCACUAAUUGAUGGAACAGUGAUUAAUCGCAACAACAACUUCCAAACGUUUCCACAGGCUGUUUUAGCACUGUUCAGAUGUGCCACAGGUGAGGCCUGGCAGGAGGUGAUGUUGGGGUGUCUGUAUGGUCAGCGCUGUGACCCCAAGUCUGACUACCUUCCUGGGGAGGAGUACACCUGUGGUUCAGGCAUCGCUGUCCUCUACUUCAUGAGCUUCUACAUGCUCUGUGCUUUUUUGAUCAUUAACCUGUUUGUGGCCGUCAUCAUGGAUAACUUUGACUAUCUAACUCGUGAUUGGUCCAUCCUUGGGCCACAUCAUCUUGACGAGUUUAAGAAGAUCUGGGCAGAGUAUGACCCUGAGGCUACAGGACGCAUUAAACACCUGGAUGUAGUGACUCUGCUGAGGAGAAUCCAGCCCCCGCUUGGGUUUGGCAAGUUUUGUCCCCAUCGUGUUGCUUGCAAGAGAUUGAUCUCCAUGAACAUGCCUCUGAACAGUGAUGGAACAGUUACCUUCAAUGCCACGCUAUUUGCCCUGGUUCGAACUGCUCUCAGGAUCAAAACAGAAGGUAACUUCCAGCAAGCCAAUGAGGAGCUACGAGCUAUUAUAAAGAAAAUCUGGAAACGGACCAGCAUGAAGCUGCUGGACCAGGUCAUUCCACCCGUUGGAGAUGAUGAGGUGACAGUGGGGAAGUUCUACGCCACGUUCCUGAUCCAGGAGCACUUCAGAAAGUUUAUGAAGCGACAGGAGGAAUAUUUUGGCUACCGGCCAGCCAAGAAGAAAACCACCAGUGAGAUCCAGGCUGGUCUGCGCAGCAUUGAAGAGGAGGCCGCGCCAGAGCUGCAAAGGACGAUCUCUGGCGACCUGCUGAAUGAAGAGGAACUGGAGAGAGCCAUGGAUGACGUAGCCGAGGACGCCAUCUUCAGGCGUGCCGGUGGUUUGUUUGGCAACCAUGCUGACCCAUUCACUCUACAGCCGGGAAGCCCUCUGCCUACUCAGGUGACCAGCCAGCGCCCCCUACAGAUUGCAAACAGCAGGUCAGAGGAGGUUGUGCCCAGUUCUUCCUCUUACUUUGCCUACCUCCCCAAUAUAGACAACUACAACACAAACAACAACAUCACACAAAGGUUUUCAUAUGAGGAUAUUGAUUGCAUCCAGGUGCUGAAUGCAGGCGUAGUGGCCACGCUGGCCGCAGACCAUGACUUUGUUAGCGUGACAAAGGCGGAGCUGGCUGCUACUCUGCAUAUGAACAUCCACCAGCUGGACAGCAAAGCAGCUGCAAUUUUAAACGCAUGUGCAAGGCAUGGAGCUAGCACUUUAGCCGCACCCUCUCCCACAUGCAAUGACAUACACAGCCUGGUGUAAACCAAAAAAUGAAUGUCAAAAGUCUGUGAAUGUUUCAAUUUGCUGGAAACAAAAUAUGCUACAUCCCAUAAUGCAUCAGUGGGUGACUGGCGAUGGGAGCUAUUUGACUACAGUUUUUUUUUCAGUCACAUAAGACAUUUUAAAGAAACUGGGUUUUAGGUGGCAAACACUAAGCUAAUGCUUACAUUUGCUACAUUUCUUAUGCAACUCAUUUUUCAUAGCCCACAUACAUCAGAAAUGAUAGAUACUAUCAAAAAGACACAUUUUAAACCUAUUUUGGCAAUACACAAGGCCCAGAUUAGGCCUAAAUUACAUCGUAUGCAAAGUACAUAAAAGAUGUUUUUUCCCCAAAAUAUGGUGCACUUAUUGUGGUUCACUGUAUUAAAUGAGAUGAUGUUUUGUUGUUAGCAAGUAAAACUGUAAGGCCUGCUUGUCUUAUUGCUGGUAAAUAUGAAUGCUAACCAGUAGAACAGUCCCUGAAAAAGUGCCCUUAACAGCACUAUGGAAAAUUCAUGAGUUGCAGUAGUUCGGCACUUCAGCGCCAUCUGGUGAAAAUAAAUACUGCACUGGGUUAAAUUGCGUGACUCACUCAGUCAUGAACUUCAUUUCAUGAUCAUUUGACCAUCCCUGUGUGCUAGGACAAACAGAGCUGCGUAUGCACAGCCCGAGUAGUGUGAAGCCUAUAAGUAUUGUCUGCUUGCACAGAUUUUACAGGUUUGAAUAUGUCAUCUAUUGUUACUAGCGCUUUUAAAAUGUAAUCUUGUACAUAUACCAAUGGAACUGGAUUUGUAUUAGCUAAGGAGUCUAAAUAAUAAUUAAAUUAUGCACUUAAUCACUUUUUGCUGACUUUA